AUGCCUGAUUCCGGGCCGCCGCCGUUUGACUUGGGGAACGGUGGACCUCCGAUCAUGUCACAUUACCAGGCUGCUCUCCACGGAGAUGUCUUUCACCAGGAACUGUCUCACGCAACCAACUGUGCCUCGCCCGAUGUCCCAGUCGCGACUUCUCCCCCAGUGUCAGAGGCCCACGUGCGGCAUCUGAUGAAUAGUCGCGACGAACCAGGGCAAGCCGUUCACUCAACACAGGGACAAGCGCUUCCUGUGCAAAACCCAGCGGGCCAACCUCCUCAUUUUGAGGCCUUGCCACCGCCCUUCGGCCCUCAACUUGACCCUCGUCUCGCGCCAAGCGGGAUUCCUGCUGCCGUACCAGGCCAUGUACCGUCACAGAGCGUACAGCCCGAAGACGCUACAACCUAUGUUUUGGAUCCUCCUGAGCUGCAAGAAUGGAGACAGCGCUUGUUCGAUGCGGACGGUGUCAUAGUCUUGACCAAUGAACAAUACAACACGUAUUUUCCGCAUGUUGACAAUGUCUACUCUCAUCGCAGCUCGCAAAAGUAUAAGCGGAAGCCAUUCGUCUCUCACUACUAUGACUGCAGGCUCAAGGGGCGGCCACCGGGAACACCCAAGUCUGAUGACCCGAACAAAAAGAAGCGGAAGCGUGCUGUUCGCGAACUGAAUCAGUGUGAUGUGAAGAUCAAGAUCACCGAGUACUUCCCCGGCGCCACGCUGCACGAUCUUGAUGACGGGACGUACACGCCUGUCAACAUGCCGCAGAGCGCUCUCAGCAGCGGCAGCGACCGUCGCUUUCGUGUUCUCCCAGCUGAAGCCAACGAUGUGCCAACGGACGUAGGCAGAGAUGGGCAGAAGUUCUACACUAUACAGCGCGUCAACGGACACUUGAGCGGCAGUGGCAUAGCUGGACCGCAUCGCCACACCUUGGCCAGGAGUGACGAGGUCAAGAAAAACAGCGUGCUGCGUUUCCUGGCGAAGCAAGAGCAAGCGGCCAAAAAGAUACAAACUUCUAGGAAAGCCUCCGAAGCAGCAGCAGCGACGAUCAGGAAGCACUCAAAAGAUUGUGACACCAAGUUCUUUGCAGCAUGCUAUUGCCCAUUUGCGCAGCGAGUCUGGAUAGCUUUGGAGGCGAAGAAGUUGCCGUACCAGUACGUUGAAGUUGACCCCUCCCGCACACCACUGCCGAGGCAACUUCUCGAAGCCAACCCCAGGGGCACUCUGCCUGCCAUCAAGCAAGGGGAUUGGGCUUGCUCAGGGAGCACAGUGAUUCUCGAAUAUUUGGAAGAUGCCGAACCAGCAAAUCCCCUCUUCCCACCAGACGCUCGUCUCAAGGCGAACUGCCGGGUUUGGAUUGAUCAUAUCAACACCAUGAUCGUGCCCUCGUUCUUCAAAGUCCUGAGGAACGUCGAUGAGACGCUUCGCCCAAUAUGCAUUGAACAGUUACAGCGACACAUCACAGAACUGGUGCUUGCCGCAGACGAGCAGGUAAGACAAUGCUUGUCAUGUCGUGUGGCUGGCUCAGGAUGGGGCACGUAG